AGGAAAUCAGCUGUUUUCAAGUUUUUUGGCAAAAAACCGCCCAGCAAAACAAAAUAUUUGUCAAAUAUUGCAGAUUUUCAAAAUAAGUUAUGGAUCCACCGUACGCACCGCUCAGCGAGUCCUGCGCCAAGGCUCUGGGUGACAAAGUUUAUGAAAAACGAAAGCUGGCUUCACAGGAGAUCGAGAAAAUGGUCACAGAGUUUAAUAAUAAGAACAACUCGGUCCAAAUUCGGAAGCUAAUAGACGUACUGUCUACAGACUAUGCGACAUCUCGGGACGUCAACCGCAGGAAGGGAGCUCUUAUCGGUUUGGCGGCCACUGGAUUAGGGCUGGGAAAGGACUCUGAUAAGUAUGUAAACGAAUUGGUUACUCCCAUUCUUACGUGCCUUAAUGAUCCCGAUCUGCGAGUGCGUUACUUUGCCUGCGAAUCGUUGUACAAUGUGGUCAAAGUGGCCCGAUCCGCCAUCAUUCCAUUCUUUCCGGAGCUGUUUGCUGCCCUUUCCCGGCUUGUCACCGACUCUGAUCAGACGGUUAAGGAUGGCAGUGAGCUUCUCGACCGCCUUCUCAAGGACAUUGUUACAGAAUCGUCGCAAACUUUUAACUUGGAAGCAUUUAUACCUCUGCUGAGAGAGCACAUCUACGUGAAGGAUGCUUUUGCCCGCCAGUAUGUGAUCUCCUGGAUUUCCAUUCUAAAUGCUGUUCCUGACAUAAACAUGGUCAACUAUCUAACCGAAAUCCUUGACGGUCUGUUCGUCAUGCUCGAGGACAACACGCCAGAAAUUCAGCGCAUGUGCGAAAACGCAAUCAGCCAGUUUUUGAAAUCCAUACGCAACGACUCUUCCUCCGUGAGAAUGGAGGAUACAAUCAACACGUUGAUUACCCAUGCACAGUCGCCCAACGAACUGAUCAAGUCAACUGCCAUCAAUUGGAUACGGGAGUUUGUCCAGAUAUUUGGCACCAGUGUCCUUCCCUACGCCAGCGGAAUAUUUACUGCAAUCCUGCCAUGUCUCGAAUACAAUUUAGAAUCGAAACGAAGCAUUAAGGAGAGUGCUGUUUCCGUCAACAACACGAUGAUGCUGCUUGUGUCAACCAAGGAACUAAAAACGCAAACGGGUGAUAAGAUAGAUUUGUCCUCUAUUAUGGAUGUUCUUUCUCAGUAUCUAACGCACAAUUCCAUGCACACCAAAAUUGCGGUGCUCAAGUGGAUCCAUCAUUUGUUCACCAAUUUUCCCAACGAGAUGUCUCAACAUGCCAGCAAUUUGAACAACAAUCUCUUAUCAACGCUGGCCGAUAACUCCGAUGAAGUGGUUCUCCAGAGUUUAUCUGUUCUGGCCGAAAUUGUCAACUCCCAGGAUAAUAGAGAGAAUGACUUUAAAAAGACACACUACCGCAAGUUUUUACUUAGCUUAUUGAAUCUCUUCAGUGAGGAAAAGCUGAUCUUGGAAAACAGAGCCAGUCUCAUAAUAAGAAAACUGUGUGUACUUCUUAAUGCCGAAUAUAUUUACCGCACCUUUGCGGAGAUCAUAGCAGACGAGGUACCCAACUUGAAGUUUGCCUCUACAGUGGUUCGUCUGCUGAAUAUCAUUCUGCUAACCUCCACGGAACUUUUUGAGUUGCGUACCAGCUUGCGAACAAUUUCCAAUGAAAAGUCUGCGGAUCUUUUUCAAUGUCUUUACAAAAGCUGGGCUCAUUGUCCAGUUUCCACGCUGUCCUUGUGCCUUCUGGCCCAGAGCUACCAGCACGUCUCUCGUUUGGUGACAUUAUUUGCUGAUGUGGAAAUUACACUAGAGCUGCUUACUGAAUUGGAUAAACUAGUGCAAUUAAUAGAGUCUCCUAUUUUCGGACCACUGCGAUUAACGCUAGUUUCAAAGGCAAACAAUUGUGCAGAUGCCCAAUACCUGGCACAUGCCCUAUUUGGAAUUCUUAUGCUGCUCCCCCAAACGGAAGCAUUCGAUACGUUGAGGAAUCGCCUGCAAUGUGUCCCCAACUACUGGGGUCAAAAUCCCAUCGAUGAGCGGAACUCCCUGGAGUACAAAAGCGGCAUUGAUUUCGAUGCCCUGGAACAACACUUCAUUAAGCUGCAGAAGGCGCAUCGCGAACAACGUAUUGUGCAUCGGAAACGCAGCAUAAUUACUCCAGAAAGUAAUUAGAGUCCUUAAAUGCUAUUUGUGUAACCUGUGAUUAAGCCAAAAGUUAUUUGAAACCCUCGUAAAUGUCUCAGUAAAUGUGAAUCUUGAA